AACUGCCAAAGGCCUAAGAAGCCUGCUUAACCUUCACACUGUGUUGUCAUAGCGAUGAUGUUGCUAUGGCGCCAACAGGUCUUUUGCAGUCAGGAUUCAGGUUCAUAUAUUGAUUGCUGCAGCCUUCUAGGGCACAGUGGAUAUGGACUAAUUUGCUGAUAAGUAAAGAAAAGGCAGGGUGGAUGGAGGCAUUCCUGCAGCACUGUAUAACAAGCUGUAUCAGCCCAAAUUAUCUCUUCUGCAAAAUUUCCAACAGCCCAGAAAACCUCUCCAUUGAUGCAUUAUCUCACCCUGUGCUGGUUCAAUAUGGGAGUGCUACUAUUCUUGGCGUGUAAAGGGCUGUCUUUGGAGUGCUGGAUUUGUAAUGACAUUGGACUGGAUUGCUCUGGAACUUUGAAGAAAUGUUCAUCUAUUUUUGACAGUUGUGCCAUUGUUCAAUCAUACAACAUUAGAGGACAACAAUACGUGCUGAAAACCUGCAAGCAAUCCACUAGCUGCUAUGAAGGCUUCACAGCCAUUAAAUUUGCUGAAGGAGAAACAGUGUUCACCAAGGUUUCCUGUUGCAAGGGGAAUGGCUGCAAUAAGGCUGCUCCACCAAUGCCAGAUGUAAACAUGACGGCCAAUGGGAGGAAAUGUCAAGGGUGCUUUGCUAUCAACAGAAAUCGAUGCUUUGCUGAAGUGGUUGCCAACUGCGAGGGAGACCAGCACUAUUGUUCCGAUGUGUCUGGUGUCGCAGAGGUUCCAUCCCCUAUAUUUGCUGGAUCUCCUGUCUUGGUGAUUGUAAUUGCCUUCAAGGGCUGUGUGAACAAAGCUUUCUGUGAUGCUCAUUAUGAAGGUGUUUUCCAUACUUCCAUGCUUGUUGUGACCGCAAGAGGUGAUUGCCAGCUUGCUUCUUUCAUGGUUUGUGCCGCUCCACAAUUCUUUGGACUCUUCCUUCGAGCCUUGGUUGGGCUCCUCCUUGCGAUGAACUUUGCUUGAUUUCCCUCCAGCAAAAGGGUCCAGGGGAACCACACUUAAAUAGUCCAUCCUUCCCAUGUGGCUAAUGAAAAGCCAUAAGCAGACCAAAGGCUUUACAGAGAAGAAGACCUCAGAUCUCCCAAAGUGUGCAGGUGCCCAUGUGUUAUUUUCCACUGCGGUGUCUAGCAGUAUCAGAACAUGGCAACAUCAAGCAGGAAUCAAUGGAAGCUGGAACUGGGAGUGAUUUUGUUUUUACUAUUUUAUAAUAAUUAUUUUUUGCAUUUUCUAUUUUACAUAAACAAAUGAAUUAUAUUCAUUUAAACAAAAAGGAUAAUAUGUUUAUGUAUUUAACAUAUAAUCCUUUUUGACUCCCCCCCCCAUUGUGGAUCUUAAUGUAAUGAUUUCCCCCUCUGCAUCUCUUUCAUAACUCUAUUUUUAUAAAUCCUUUGUCAAUCCAUAGUUCAGUUUUUUUACUACAAGUUUUCUGUCAAUCCUACCAAUGUAUGUCAUUGUUUACGAUAGCUUUUCAAAUAAAUCAUAAACAUUCCCCAUUUAUUAU